AUGGUGGAACCUGAAGUCAGAAAUGUGUACUCCUCUGGAGGAAGCACCUACGUUGCCUACACCAAGAAUGGCGAUCAUCUUUUAGUUGCAGGUUCAUCUGGAUUGAUCAGAAACUAUAAAGUUGGUGCAGAGGAUUCUGAACCAAACAACAUCGAUAUUUUAGAUGAGAUCUCUGAUCUUGCAGUGUUUGGUGAUGAUAAAGUUGCAGUUUCCUCAAAGAUUGGUGAAGUAGAAUUAUAUUCCUUGAAGGACAACAAAGCCGUUGGUAAAGUUAUCAGAAGUUCACUACCUUUAAGAAGUACAGUCUUUACACAUAUUGGGACCAUGGUUGCUGCUGCUGGUGAUGAUGACGAGGUUCAAAUUGCAGAUUUAUCAGAUAAUACUCGAGUCAUAAAGCUCAAAGUCAAUGAUCAAGUUCAUGACAUUUCAUAUAAUUCAACUAUUGAUUUGAUUUCAAUAUCAUUAUCAAAUGGUGAAAUUAAGAUGUACUCAUUAACUUCAGAGGAACCACAGUUAUUGGCUACAAUUAAAGAUGAGAUACCGAAAUUGAUUUAUCAAGAUGAUGAUGAAGAAGCAGAAGAUAAUGUUAUCACAACUAGAGUUGAAUGGAAUCCAAAUGGUGACCAUUUUGCGAUUCCAUCAGAAUCAAAAGAUAUCAAAGUUUUUUCUAGAUCUGAGAAUUACAAACAGGUUUAUUCAUUCCCAAGAUUACAUCAAAAGAAUUUAGCUGAUUUGAAAUGGUCUCCGAAUGGUGAUUAUUUAGCAUCUGCAGAUAUUGGCAAUACAUUAAUUAUAUGGGAUUCAGAAUCUAGAGACACAGUUUUAGAAAAGAAAUUGGAUAGUAGAGUCAACAAUUUGGCUUGGGCUAAGAAUAACGCAGACGGUUAUGAUUUAGCUGUUGGUUCUGAGAAUGGUGAUGCUUAUAUUUUUUCAAAUGUUGUCAAGGCUAAAAAGGCUAAGGGUGCUAGAUUAAAUGGGAUUUCUGCACUAGUUGACGAUGAAGCUGAUAUCAGUGUUGACGAAGGUUCUGAUCAAGAAGAAGCAAAUGCAGAUGAUAUAAAUUCAGAAAAUGAAUUAACUAAUGAUGAAGGUGAUGAUGGUGAGAAAAGAGCAGAUUUUUUUGACGAUGAUGAUGGAUUUCCUGAAAGAUCUAUUAAACGUUCAAGACCAUCAACAUUCAUUGGGGCUAAGAAAUAUAAACUAAAACCUUAUUCACCAGGUUGUACUCCAUACAUUUCAGAUAGAAGAUAUUUAACAAUAAAUUCGAUUGGUUAUGUCUCCACAGUUAAACAAGAUUCUCAUUCAUCAAUCACGGUUUCAUUUUUUGACACUUCGGUUCAUAGAGAGUAUCAUUUUGAAGAUUUGUAUGGUUAUGAUUUAGCUUCAUUAAAUACAGAAGGUAUUUUACUUGGUGUUUCCGGAAAUGAUUCAAAUAUUACAAAAAUACUAUUUAGACCUCAUGAGAAUGUUAAUGAAGCAUGGGAAAAGAACAUCCCAACUUCAAGUGGUGAAAUUAUAACAUCAAUUUCAUUGAGUGAUUCUGUUAUUUUAGUAUGCACAUCAUUCGGUUACAUCAGAAGCUUUACAUUGUUCGGACUACCAAUAGGUCUUCAGAAAUCUUCCCCUGUUUUAGCAUCUGCCACUAAUACCAACUACAUGUUUACAGUUUCAUUAUCCAAUAACAAUCAACUAAUAUAUAAUUUGCAAGAUUUGGAAGGUCGUUUCUUACAAAGAGAUUUAACAUUACCUUUAGAAUUACAAAAUGAUGCUGAUUUAUUGAAAGGUAUAUUUUUCAGUACAUAUGGUGAUCCAGUUAUUGUUGGAACUGAUGGUGUCAUUUUGGUUUUAGCAAGAUGGCGUACUCCAUUACAAGCUACAUGGGUUCCAAUUUUGGAUUCAGAGGAGAAAGUCAAAGAAAUUGGGGGUAAAGGUGAUUUGUCAGUUUGGCCAUUAGGUCUUCAUGCUAAUAAUUUGAACUGUAUUAUUGUUAGAGGUUCACAAUUCCCAACUUACCCAUUACCAUUACCUUCAGAACUUGAAAUUAAACUGCCAACUACCAAAGAUUCAAAUCAAGAUGAUAUUGCAGAGGAACAAUUUUUAAGAUCUAGAACUAUGGGUGAAUUGUUAGGUGAAACUUUAGCUAACGAUGGUGAGAUUUUUGAAGAAGAUAAUGAAAGACUAAACGAAUAUGCUAUUGCACAUGAUAGAGCCGUCUUACAACUAUUUGCAAAUGCUUGUCAAGAAGGUAAGAAUGCUAAAGCAUGGCGUUUAGCUAGAGAAGUCAAACAAGAUCAUGGUUUAGUUGCGUGUAACAAGAUUGCAGAAAGAAUUGGUUUAGUUUCCUUGUCCAAUCGUAUCAAUAAGUUGAGAGAACAAAGAAUGGAGGAGGAAGUGCUUUAG